AGGCCGCUGGAGAGAGACGAAGAAGAAGAAGAAGAAGGGAAAAAAACAGGGGAAACGACUCUGGCGACACCUGCGAACCGACUCCCAGCAACAGCAACAGACUGACUGAGUCCUGUAGCUGUUGUGAGGAAGAGGAGGAGGAGGAGGAGGCUGAUGAAGCUGAGCGACGCGAUAGUAAUGUGUAACAAAGGUGUAAUAAGCGUUAUUAGCUCCAUCGCGAAAGCGAAUCGAACUACAGAGAAAAGUUUUUGAAGGCAGAGAGUCGUUUUCAUCGGUUCCGAGUUUCCCCGAGUGCGGAGAGGAGAGGAGAGAGAAGCGGCAGCAGGUAUCUGGCGGAUGGGAGAAAAUGGAGUUGAACAGAAGAGAGGUGCCUCUAUAUGGGCAAGUGGAGGCCAGUGUAAAACUGCAAGCCAGCGGUCCUGAAGAUGCAGAGUUUUACAUCGUCGUUCAAGGUUCGAGACUCACACAUGUGACUACAGCAAAAAGAGGAGAUGAUGGGCUCACGCUUCGCUUCACAGUUCCCGGUCAUGACCUUGUGGAAGUUGCCUCCGUUGCUUCCUACUGUUGCACAGAGGGCCAAGUCGAGCCAUGUGAGGGUGAAGCAUCUCUUGAAUACGUCAGUGAUGUUGCCCAGACAGCAGCAGAGUACCUGAGUGCACACAGGGACCAGCUGGGGCCCCAGAGCUACCAAGAAGUCCUGAAGAGGUUUCCGGUGUGGGUGCAGUCGGCUGAUGAGGAGCUCUCUGCUGGAUGGUUACGUCGCGAUGAGGGUGAUGACGAUGAUGCGCAACUCAGAGAAAGUAGAGGCUAUGAAGCCGAUCUCCGACAACUGGAUGAGCAAAUCACCCAGGCUAUGGCCAACAUGGAUUACCCUCAGCAGUGGAAAAACACUCAGAGCCAACAAAGGGAAGCUGCUGACAUUCAGCUCAAAGAAACCUUGCUUCACCUGGCGGUGCGUUUGGGUUUGAUCCAUCUCUCCCACUACUUAAUUCACCAAUCGAGAGGUCAGAGGGCAGUGACCUUACCGAAUCAGGAGGGAGACACACCGCUGCAGCUGGCUCAGAAGAACGGACGGCAUGAUGUGUUCAGGGUGCUGACAGCUUCUCCUGGUCCUGCAGUUGCCCCUGCACCAGGUGUGUGCAGCGUGUGGUCAGACAACUUCUCCAUGCUGAGGUUUUGUCCUGGCACAAACUCUCUGACCCUGACAGUGCGACAGGUUCCCGGGAGCUGCUGUCCGGAUGCCAUCAUGGUCCUCCGAGGCAGAAUGGAAGACCACAGCAUCCAAAAACUGAUAAAUGUGCUGAGAGCUGAAAAUCGAAAAAGCAAAGAUGAAGACAUUUCAAACUGUGAUGGCAUCAGCAAGGACCUCCGAGGGGACGAGCAUGUGCUGGUGGACAACGUUUUUGAAGAACAGCUUGUUCUGUCUCUGGAUGAGGACGAUGAUGUAAAUGAAAAUCCAUCCUCAUUAUCUGUAUAUAGGAAUCCCACGCAGUCCAGUGAUGUUAAGAGCCAGUUUACCCAGCACGCCACAGAUCCUGUUCUCUCCUUGGUCAACAGCAUCGAUCAGAGAACCACACAGCAGCCUCAGGCGGACAAUGUCGACCUCAAGUACAGCAUCAGUGGAGUGACAAGAGAGAGCACAGGGACCGAUUGUGAAUUAUGGGACCCCGUGGACACACAUGAUAUCCUGCUAGUCACCGACACUCCUCCACCUUAUUCAGAAAUCAUCUACCCUGACUCUGGACAGUGCUCCCACCGUCGCUCACUCGCUGACCAGGCCCUUGCCAGGCUGAACCGCCUCACUUCCAUAGAGACGACCAAUGAGAGAGACUGUCUGCCCAUGGAUACCUGCAUCCUCAGUCCCAGUCUGGUGGCUCUGGAGAUGGACAGCGAGGAGGACAGCGCCGAGCCGAAGUCUCCGCUUUCCCCGCUGUCGUCAGAUUUUGACAAAAGUGAAGAUAAAAGAGAAUCCUUUUGCCGGUCACCUGACCUCACAUGCACCCGCAGCAAGUCGGCCUCCUCGGCAUUUGAACCCGCCUCAAAAGAAUUGGAUGACCAGGGGAUUCGACUGCGCUCCUAUUCCUACUCAUCCAAAAUCAGUUUGCGACCCGCUCGACUUGCUCGGGACAAUCACACUUCAGAUAUGAGCCCAGAUGCCGCGCUGCACUGUGUCAGCCACAGCCGAUCUCUCCUUCAGGCCCUGUCUCUGUCUAAAUCUCUGUCUCUGCUCCACCCUGGUAAGCAAAGAGGCUGCGGCAUAUCAGAGCAGUCCCAUGAGAAAAGGGAGAUUAGGUUCCGUAAGCGUGCCCAGUCUGCUGAUGAUGAGGGAACCGUGGAACUGGCAGAGUCCCUCCAACAUCUCACACUGUCUGAGUUCCUCAAAGAAAUUGAGGAGGAGGAGCUGGAUAAGUACAGUAUCCCGACCAAGGUGGAGUCAGAGAAGUACAAAGUCAUCCGCACGUUCAGUUUCCUGAAGAACAGGAUGUCCAGCACACGCAGCAAGAGCAAGGGGAAGGCGAAGGACAGAGAAGCCAAGGAUAAGCAGCUCAAUGGACAUCGGUUUGCGACAGGAUCCUGUUUGGGCCCGACGAUGUGUGUGGUGUGUGACAAACCAGCAUCUGGAAAGGACCUGCUGCAUUGCCCCAGUUGCACUGCAAUUGUCCAUAAGGGCUGUAAGGAGUCAGUUCCACCAUGUUUGAAGAAACCUCUGGAUAAAAGUGCUGUGACAAUGGUAAAAAACAGGACAGCAUCCCUCCCACUGAAUUUCACAGUGAGAGACAGUCCUCCUCUGAGUGUGAUCCCCAUCUCUGCCUCUCCACCUCUCAUGACUGCCAAGGAAAAGAAGGACACGGUGACCCAGUCGAGCUCUGCGUUUGGAAGUGACAGUCGACUGAGUGAGAGUUCAGAGACGGAGUCAGAUGCUGUGAAGGUGACCAGCCCUUCAGAGGAGCUGCUGUCCACUCCAGUGUCCUCCACCUCUGCAGACUCUUCCUUUGCAGAAGACUGUGUGGACGCGUGUAUCCAGGGUGACAUCUCCGCGGACGCUGUGGAUUAUGAGGCAGAGUCGUGGAGUCUGACAGUUGAGCACAAGUUCUGCAAGAGGCACGACAAGCGAGCCGUCAAGAGGCAGGAUGUCAUCUACGAGCUGAUGCAGACUGAGCUCCACCACCUGCAGACGCUCCACAUCAUGGCAGAGGUUUUCCGGCGAGGAAUGAGGGAGGAAGUGCAGCUCGAUACAGAAGCGGUGAAGCGGGUUUUCCCCUGUUUGGACCAGCUGCUUCUCUUCCACCAUGGCUUCUUCGCUGCCAUGAAGGAGCGGCGACUCAGCUCUGCUGAGCCUCAGGGACACAGGAACUACCUCAUCCAGCGAAUAGGAGACGUCCUGCUCCAGCAGUUUUCAGAGGAAAAUGGUGAGAAAAUGAAGAAGGUCUAUGGAGAAUUCUGCAGUCGUCACAAUGAAGCGGUUGGCUUUUUCAAAGAGCUCCAGCAGCAUAACAAGAGAUUUCAGAACUUCCUGAAGCAACAAGGUAGCAAUUCCUUGGUGCGCCGGAGGGAGAUCCCAGAAUGCAUCUUGCUGGUAACCCAAAGGAUUACAAAGUACCCAGUGCUGCUGGAGAGGAUCCUCCAAUACACUGAAGAAAACACAGAGGAAUGUGCGGAUCUUUCCAAAGCCCUGGCUCAGAUCAGGGAGGUGGUCGCAGCCGUGGACCUGAGAGUCAGCGAAUACGAGCGGCACCAGAGAUUACAGGAAGUGUGGGGCCGCAUGGAGAAUCGGAGCCUGGCCAAACUGAAGAACGGGCACGCGUUCCGGAAACAGGACAUGAUGAGGCCGGGUCAAGCGCUCAAACACCAGGGCCUGCUCCUGUGGAAGACUGCCACUGGUCGAUUAAAGGAUGUCCUGGCGCUCCUCCUCACAGACACGCUCAUCCUCCUGCAGGAAAAAGACCAGAAGUACACGUUUGCUUCUGUGGACCAGAAACCACCAGUCAUCGCUCUGCAGAAGUUAAUAGUGCGAGAAGUAGCUAAUCAAGAGAGAGGCAUGUUUCUGAUCAGUGCAUCAGCUGCCGGGCCAGAAAUGUACGAAGUCCACACGUCGUCCAAAGAGGAGCGUAACACCUGGAUGAGGCUCAUUCGAGAGGCUGUCGAGAGCUGUCCAGAGGAAGAGGAGGAAUACACCAGUGAAUCUGAGGAGGAGAAGCGAGCUGCUGAGGCUCGCGUUCAGAAGAUCCAUAAGUUACAAGGGAGUCUGAUGAGCCACGACCAGCAGAUCUGCUCCAGCCUGGAGGAGAAGCUGCACAUUUACACUGAGCUCUCGGCUCUGAGUGGGAGGACGGACGCUCCGGUGGUCGAACCUCGGCUCCUCGUCCAGCCGCACUCAGAGGAGCUGCCUCAGGCCGCCACGCUGCUCGCUGCAGCUCUGCAAGAAGCCAAAAACCUCAAAUCCACUUUGUCAACGAGGACCUGCUCUCCAGCCAGCCACAGUCCGGACUCUGAAAGCCACUUUGUGUUCAGCCCUGCGACACCUGCAGAGUUCCCCUCAAAUCCUCCCGAGCCCUCACCUGAAAACCCCGAGGCCACAGAAGGGAGAUGGACUGAGGCUGUUGUUCUUCAGGCUCCAUCCCACGUGCAAAACGCUGAGUCAGAUGACAUUGAUUUGAAGAUCGCUCAGAGUGUCCACAGCCUGACGCAGUUGCUCUACAGUCUGCAGGCUGCGGUGACCAUCCAAGACAGCUGCUACGAGGUCCAGAGGCUCCUCCUGCGAGAGAGCGGGCGCCCGUCUCCCCGCGCCCCGCGACCUCACCUCCUGACCACCCGGGGCAACACCUUACAAGAGCAGGAGAAACAGCGCAACCUGGAGAAGCAGAAGGAGGAAGCGUUGGCUGUUCAGCGGCUCCAGGGCCGACUGCGCCAGGAGAAGGAGCGCUGGGAGAGGGAGUGUCAGGCCCGGGAGAGCCAGCAGGGGGAGCAGGAGAGCAGACUGGAGGAGAGGGAGAGGCAGUGCCACCUAGAGGCGGAGAGGCUAAGGCGCGAGAGGGAAGAGCUCGACGGGCAGCUGGAGGAGUACCAGCAGAGCUUGGAGCGGCUCAGGGAGGGACAGCGGAGUGUGGAGAGGGAUCGCGAGCACCUGGAGAACCAGCAAAAGCUGCUCCAGACAUGGACUCACGGCCGGCAGAGGAGCGUGCCUGCUGUGAUCCCUCAUAUGGUCAUACCUCUGGAUGGACAGCAGGACUCGGCACCAAGUCCGUCAAGAGACCACGCCGGCAACGGCUCCAUGUUUGUAAACGAGGCUGAGUUCACCAGCACCAGCAUCAACAACCGCCACGUCCACCACAAGCGGAUUGACCCCAGCGCACACAACUGUCUCAACACCCUGCUGGCCAGAUCCAACAGCAGACAGUCCCCCAACGCUAAGACUCCCCAUAAUCCACACUCAGAACCCCAAGGGUGGGUGAUGGGCACAGGUUACCUCUGCAGCCCCGCAGGAAGGCUGGGACUGCAGCACACACCUGCUGAUCAUAACAGCUACAUCGGGGAGACCUGGUUGUCGACAGCAAGUGGAGCGGAUCUGUAUCCGGAUCUCCCGCAUCCCAGUGACCCUCAGCUGGACCUGGUUUCCUUGGAAACUGGCAGUGGUGGUGAGGAGGGACGGGAGGAAACCAUAGUGUACCUCUGAAUAUUGAUCAAUAUCAGAGUCUUAAAACCCAACCCAGCACUUCAUGAAGGCUUCAGAACCAGGACUGGAUUCUGGCGCCUUUAGAACACUUUUCUUUGUAAAUAUAUGUUGUUAUUGUUGUUGUUGUUUUUUAUUAUUGUGUAUAUAUUUGGAAAACUGUUGUGUUUGUGUUUUUUUUCUGUGAAGUGGAGAGUUACUGGAAACACACAGGGAGAAAAUGAGAUAAAGAAACUGGGUUUGUUUCGGACUCAAUCUCGCAUGUGUCAUGCACCUUAGCCUGAGGCACACUGGGUGUUCUGUGUCUCUUUAUUUUCUGCUGUGUGUGUGUGUGUGUGUGUGUGUGUGUAUAUGUGGUCUAUACUAUCUGCCUGGGCCCCCACAGUAACACCUUUUCUCCCUUUCCCCUCCUCUCCCCACCUCCUCAUUACCUUCCUACCUCAGGUCCCACAUAUCUCAUCUCUGGAGUUCUAUAUUUAUUAAAUUUACCAGAGAGAAAAAAAAAAGACAGCAUAAACCCAAUAUCAGCAAAACAUCACGCUGCAUCUCUCUAGCGGGUGAUUGUCUUGCCAUGGAGUAAACUGUCCCUCAUUCAUUCAUCAGACGGCCUAUGUUUAUGUGCAAACAUGACACGAAGCACAAAACAUUAGAAUUGAUAGAUGAGGCAUGUCAACAUCAGUGUAACAUUUUUUCCAACUCGCUGCCCGUAGCCAUAAUUUUUUUUUCUCUUUAUCUGGAGUGUGUUUUUCUUUUUCCUUUUUCGAGAGAGAGAGAUGUUGCAGCUGCGCUAAUGUGUCAUUUUUAUCAGUGCAGAGGACUUCCACCCAAAAAAAAAAAAGAUGCCCAAGAGACCGUCUUUUUUGUGCAGAAAUAAAAGUAAAAGACGAGUCACGUUGCAGGAAAAGUCAUUUUGGCCAAACCGAUGGAAUGCACUGAUGUAAUUAUGUUGCAACGAUGUUGAUUGUGCAUCUCUGGUGACUCUUAUUUAUACUGUUGGCCUCUCCUGCAGCAAGACUUUGGAUUGUAAUGUCUAUUGGUCCACCACAUUGUUGUUUUUUGUAUUUGUUAAACUACUUGACGUAUUAAAAUUAAAUGUUUUGUGAAGGCAUUCCUUGUUCCCAGAGGAUGAAUACUUA